CUGACUGUUCUUCCAUGCGAAGUUUGCCUUGAGGAUGAAAUCUUCUAAGAAGAGAAAGGAAAAUUCCACAAGUGGGGCUUCAAAAAGCUUUAAGCAGCCAAAGAAUGAUUUCAAGGGUGAACUUUUGAAUCACUAUUUUCUCGCAGAAGCAUUUAAAGGAAAAUUUGUUAGUGCAUACAGGAAUGAAGACGAUUUUAAUGAGGGUGGAUGUGUGAUACAUACCAAACCAUUCAAGUGUUGCUUUCUUCCUAAGUUCAUAUCAGAUGAGGAAUUUCUACAGAGUUUAGAACAAGAUCUUCUCAAAUUAAAAUUUUUUGAGAAAUCAAAUGAUUUAUAUAAAUUCCACCAGAGUGAUGACCUAAAGAAAUCAUCAAAGUUGAGCAUAACUUCUUUGAGGAAUGCUCUGUACAAUGACUUCAGAAGUUGGCUUCAUGAAGUCACAGGUUUUGUUGAUCUGACUAACCAAGUGGAUAUGUCCUGUGCUAAAUAUGAACAUACUGAUGUUCUUCUCUGCCAUGAUGAUGAACUAGAAGGAAGACGAAUUGCAUACAUAUUUUACCUGGUUCCUCCAGACUGGGGGGUUAAUGAUGGUGGAACCCUUGAUCUCUUUUGCAUUGAUGAACAUGGUCAGCCAGACCAGAUUACAAAAUCUCUGCUUCCACAGAGGAACUCGCUGGUGUUUUUUGAAGUGACACCAAUUUCAUUUCAUCAGGUUUCAGAAGUGUUGUCUCUCAGUAAAACCAGAUUGUCAAUCAGUGGAUGGUUCCAUGGUGAUAUUAUAGACAGACCUGCACCUUACCAGGAGCCACACCCGAAAUCGCUCAAGCCUUGUACUUUGGAGGAUGAGGCACUAGUUGAUUGGGUCAAUCCAAUGUACCUUGACACAAGCGUGGUCAAAGACAUAAGAGCACGGUUCAAAGAUGAAUCUGAAAUACAGUUGCAAGAAUUUCUUCUGGAGAAUAAAUAUGAAGAAAUUGUGGAAGCAUUAUACGAUGAAAAGAUAGAAUGGAAGUAUCAAGGACCAGCAAACAAGAGACAUUUUGAGCAAGCUGACACAGAAUCAGCUCCAUCUGUUAUACAACAGCUGACGAAGCUACUUCAGUCUGAGCCGAUGUUCAAAUUACUCAGAACGAUGACUGGACUGGAAAUGGCUGAUGUACCACUCACUGAUGAUGAUAAUGAUGAUGAUAGCGAAGAGGAUGAUGAAAAUGCUGUAGAUAAGGAGACCAGUGCUAAAAGGGGCGACUCUUCAAAGCGAGGCCCAUGUUGCCAUGGUUGUAUCAGACGGUGGACUCACGGUUGUUACACUUUAGUUCACGACACUGAUCCCGAAGGAGAAGAGUUUGCUCUGGAUGUUAUGUUAUACGUUGGUGGGGAAGGAUGGAAAACUGAUUACGGUGGCUACACCACGUACUUAACAAGCGGCGAAGAUGAAGAGCUUCUAACGGUCCACCCACAAGAGAAUUCUUUGGCGUUGGUUUACAGAGACAAGGAGACAGUGAGAUUUGUUAAACACGUGAAUCACUCGGCGCUGACUGACGAGGGAACGGCAAAUAGAGACAGCAAAUUGUUUGACUUUUCUUUCGUUUAUUUUGAGUAAGGUAUUUGCUCAUGUCACUUGUUCGAGUCAAAACUGAAAACUUUGAUCAGUGAUCACUUGGUGUAUUGCUCACUGGAGGCAGCAGCAAGAAUUCAGUGACAGUUGAAGAUGCAUUUUUGGACGCAUUUAUUGCGUCUACCAAGUCUCCUUAAAAGGUUAUUGUAUAUUCUACAAUCAAACAUUUGGAAGGAAACCCAUGAUUGCUAAGGGGGGUUUCAUGACUCUCCAGAUGAGAUCGAAAUAUUGGAAAUUUUAUCCUGCUACGUGAUUUGGUCCUUUUCCCAACCAUGCGUCUCAGGAUUUCUUUAUUCAAGUCACUUGUCCGAGUCAAAGCUGAGAAAUUUGAUCAAUGAUCACCUGGUGUAUUACCCACUGGAGGCUCGCAGCAGCAAGAAGUGAAUGAGCAGUGGACACCAUUGCCUGAUGAAGACUAGCAGUAUGCUGUUGAAACGUCGCGAUCUACAUCUUAAGUGACUACAUCGUAGAACAAACGAUUAACAGUUUAUGAUUAAGAAUUCAGUGAUAGUUGAAGAUGCAUUUUUCGACGUACUUAUUGCAUCUAGCAAGUCUACAUAGAAGGGUAUUUUAUAGUCUUAAAUCAAAUGAGAGAAGAAAACCUGUGAUUGCUAAGAAGGGUUCAUGACUCUUAUUAAGCUGAGAUCGAAAUAUUGGCAGUUCUAUCCCGCUACAUGAUCUGGUCUUUUUUUCCCAACUAUGCGUCUCAGGAAUUCUUUCGGUAAGAAUGACCUAUGACUCAAUAGCAAUAGUUGAUCAUCUGCUGAUUAAAAAGGAGAAAUACCUCUCCAGACUACGUGAAGACCCUCUCCGUUCUCGAAUUGAUCAAACUUAAACCCGGACCCAUCUACGAGAUGUGACGUCACCUAUUGAGUCACUGACGCCGUCCCAGAUCCCGCCCUCGGUUCUCGUGGGCGAGGGAGACGUGGUGGAUUAAUUGGACUUUUAGCUUACCCUCGACAUCGAAAAAAGCCACACUGGUUCAUCUGACGACACUUUGAUGUAUAAUGCUUUGAAAUUGUGAACUUUGUCUAAUGCAGGGAUCUCGGUCACGCCGUUGGCUUUUUCAAGUCCCCAGAAAUGAUCUGGAGAGAAUAUUUUUGCGAUGCCAACCUAUCAGAUUCAACGAUAUUAGAUAUACGUAUGAUGCACGAUCCUCGCAGUAGAUUGCGCUAUU